AACUCUCCUUGAAUUCAUUUGAAGUUGAUUAAUUUAUUGAUCAAAGUUAAAGGAUAAGGUUACCUAUCAACAGUUGUAUCUAAGGUUAUCAUCCUAAAUUUAACCUUACUUCUACAAACAAAUUUCAAAGGAACUCCACUCUAUUGCUGCAGCCAUGGUUUCCAAUAGACUUACGGACAAAAAGCUCCUCGUCAUAAAUCCGAAUUCGUCCAAGUCUAUGACUGAAGGGCUGCAUACUCUACUAUCUACAAUAAAUGAUCCUUCUCACGUAAAAGUCUCUUUCUACACGGCCCCUCCUCCAAGUCCUCCAUCCAUCAAUAGCGAAGAAGAUGCCCUUCUCUCGACUAAAGUUGUUCUCUCGGACCUCACACCCACUCUUGAUCAAUACAAUGCCUUCCUCGUAGCAUGUUAUAGUGUCCAUCCCCUGGUUACAGAGCUGAAGAAAGUUGUGAAACCGAAUGUACACGUGAUGGGUAUCUUUGAAGCGAGUGUCAUGAUGUCGUUGGGAUUGCUGGCGCAGAGCAACGGAAAGAGACUAGGGAUUGAUGAAGGUGAGAAGGGAGGUUUUGGGAUUGUCAGUACUGGUAAAUACUGGGAGGAAGUCUUGGGGGAGGGUGUGGGAAACUUCUUGGGAGUUAGAAAGGGAGAGAACUGUGAUCGAUUUAGGGGAGUCGAGACUACAGGUCUCACAGCCGGCGAGCUUCAUAGUGUUGAUCCCGAGAUUGUGAGAACCAAAAUGAAGGAAGCGGUGAAAAGAUUGGUUGGAGGAAGAGACUGUUCUGUUGUCUGUUUGGGGUGUGCGGGAAUGGCUGGAAUGGACGAUAUGGUCAGAGAAGCACUCAUCGAAGAAUUGGGAUUAGAGGAUGCUAAACAGGUGUAUAUUGUCGACGGUGUCAAAUCCGCCGUAGUAUACUUAGAGGGGAACCUGAGGGCAAUGCCUAAUGGAAGUGGUUGAAGUACAUUGAAUCCACCAAAAGUAGACAUGAUACCCUAUUUCUAAAAAAAAAAUCAUUUUAUCCAGCAGAUUAACUUUCCACAGUGAUUCUGCUUACUAGAUCGCAAAUCUUCGCGUUCUCACAGUACCAUGAGACCACAAUCAAUCUACUAUUCAGUACACCAGGCUUCAAAACACUUACAUAAUUCCGCUCCCUCGAUUGCGCUGUUGUAUUAC